AUGCUUCCGGCUCUGGAAAGGCGAGUGGCUCCGUCAGUGGAUCUGGCUCUGCAUCCGGAUCUGCGUCUAGUUCUGGAUCGGGUCCUGCCUCUGCAUCUGCCUCUGCAUCCGGUUCGGCGCCAGUUAACUCUGAUUCUGGUUCUGAAUCCGGACCUGACUCUGGUUCUGCCUCUGGCCCUGCACCAGCCGCUUCUGGCUCUGGAUCUGCCUCUGGAUCCGGUCCUGCCCCUGGUUCUGGCUCUGCCCCUGGCUCUGCGUCUGCACCAGCCUCUGGAUCUGCCUCUGGCUCUGCACCAGCCGCUUCUGGAUCUGCACCCGCCGCUUCUGCGUCUGCCCCUGGCUCUGCCGCCCCUCCUGCAAACGUGCAAUCGUCGGUGGAAGCUGCUCAAGCCUCUUACGUCAGUUCUGCUCGUUCCGCUUGGGCCGGAUACAAAAACAAUGCCACUGAUACCACGGUGGUUACCCACCGUCCUUCUACCACCGUUGUGA